GGCCCUGAUUGCGUUCAUCUGCAUAGAGACCAUCAUGGAGUGCUCCCCGUGUGAAGGCCUCUACUUUUUUGAGUUUGUAAGCUGCAGUGCACUCGUGGUGACUGGAGUCUUGCUGAUUAUGUUCAGUCUCAACCUUCAUGUGAGGAUCCCCCAGAUCAACUGGAACUUGACAGAUUUGGUCAACACUGGACUCAGCACUUUCUUUUUCUUUAUUGCUUCCAUCGUACUGGCUGCUUUAAACCACAAAACAGGAGCAGAAAUUGCUGCCGUGAUAUUCGGCUUCCUGGCCACUGCAGCCUAUGCGGUGAACACGUUCCUGGCAGUGCAGAAAUGGAGAGUCAGCAUCCGCCAGCAGAGCACCAAUGACUAUAUCCGAGCCCGCACGGAGUCCAGAGACGUGGACAGCCGCCCUGAGAUCCAGCGCCUGGACACAUGAAGCCCUGCCCGGGUCCUCCUCCCUCCUGUCCUUGCACCCGUCUCUCAGUCAAGUUUUCUUUCCCUCAUCACAUCAGAUUUUCAUGUGAUUCAGCUGAAA